UUUUCCUCAGCGCUUUGUGUGAGUCAGAGAGUUUUGUCUCAGUCCCUUAGCCGUGUGGAUGUGUCUAAGAGCCGCACCCACUCCAGUCUCUGCUGCUCAUUCGCUUCUCCUUCCCGCUGGCGGUGCGAGUUCUGUGCGUGUCCCCGGGCUCCCAGAGCCACCAUCCAGAAUCAUCUACAUUGCCUGUCACACUUCUUGAGCCUCUGCUGAAGCAUCCCGAGGACCUCCACUGUCUGCAUAAGGUACAGUAACCAUGCCAGUCCAACACAGAACGAUAGUGGUGGGCAACACCAGUACACUGAAAUCACCAGUGGGUAUCGUCCGGAUUCUGGAAGUCCUCUUCGCCUGCGUCACCUUCAGCUUGGUGGUGCACACUGGAAGAUGGGACGGCCGCAUUGGAGAUCUGUGUAUGUUCUGCUGGUGUUUCUGCUUUGCGGUGACUCUGGUCAUCCUGAUUGUGGAGUUUGCUGGGGUGCAGAACCGGAUGCCCGUGUCCUGGAAAAACUUCCCCAUCACCUUUGCCAUGUAUGCUGUUCUCAUGUGCCUCUCCGCCACAGUGAUCUACCCUCUACAUUACCUUGAGGACAAGGCCUAUAACAAUGAGGUGCGCAAUUACCAGAUUGUGGCCAUUGUGUUCUCCUGCCUCACCACCUUGGCUUACAUUAUUGAGGUGUCUUUAACCAGAGCCAAGCCUGGAGAAGUUACUGGCUACAUGGCUACCACACCGGGACUCUUGAAGGUUUUGGAGACCUUCAUAGCAUGCAUCAUCUUUGUCUUUAUUUCUGAACCACCUCAAUACGAAAGACACGAUGCCCUCAAGUGGUGUUUAGCGGUCUAUUGCAUCUGCUUUAUCUUAUCCAUUGUGGUCAUCAUCCUUUGUGUUGGCGAGUGCACAGGCUGGUUGCCUUGUGCCUUCAAUAAGUUCCUCAGUGCUUAUGCCCUCUUGGCAGUCCUGAUGUACGUCUCCGCCAUGAUCAUCUGGCCGAUCUUCUCGUUUGACAAGAAGAAUGGUGGAACUCCGAGCCGACCACCGAACUGUCGGAUGGUCUCUCGAAACCUAUACAGAAUGUGCGACUGGGAUAAGAUGGUGGCUGUUGCUGUUCUGACCGCCAUCAACCUCAUUGCAUAUGUUUUGGACCUGGUCCAUUCAGCCAGGCUUAUAUUCAUCACUGUCUAAACCAUGGGACUUCACAGCGAAAGUACGAUCAUUUCAACCUUCCUUGUAUUCCUCCUGAACAGAAUAUGAAUAUAUGUAUGCAGCAGCUUGAACAAUGCACAGCCUGCUUGCUAUUUAGCUUUGCGUAUUCGAGUUUAUAUGUUACUGCAAGCAACACCCUGGGAAUCGGAACCCCAGACUUUCCUUACAUUAAAGGAACAGUUCCGUGUAAAAUAAAAACUGGGUAAAGUUUUAAAUAGGCUGCGCAAAAGUAAAAAUGUUUCUGAUAUAGUUAGUUAGGCAAAAAUGUAAUG